AUGAAUCCAUUCUUGCCUAACAAGAACCCAGAGACUGGUCGCUGGCACGGAGCUAAGUACUCCUUGAGAAGAUCAGCAGACCUCAUCAAGAUGGCCAGAAAAUUUGGUAUUCAGGAUCUUCUUCCUCCUCUUCCUAACAAGAAGUUCUACGAAGACAAGUACAACCAGAAGAACUGGAUGAGAGGUAUCUUGAGACAGAAGGGCCAGAAAUGGGAGCGUACUUUGCCUGAGAAGCUUGAGGCCAGGAAGAAGGCUAUCGAGGACAUGGACAAUAUCAUUCUCGAGGCCAGACCAACGUAUAGAAAGCGUCUUGCAAAGAGGGAGAAGAACAAGAGAACGUGGUUUUAA